CGGGCAGGGCUGGGGCAGCCCCGGUCCCCACGUGACGCCCGCGCCGCGCGGGGGCGGCUCCGGUUCAUUCAUAAAUCCCGGGGCCGCCCCGCCGCACCGAGCGCAGCGGCGGCGAUGGAGCCCCGGUCUCGGUUGUAGGACACGCUCGGGCCGGGACAGACCAUGAGCGAUGACCCAACACCCUGGGACAACGCGACCGAGAGCGCCACGGCGGUGCCCGGCGAGGUGUCCCCUCAGGAUGGGUACGUGCUGCUGCUCGCCCUGCUCUCCAUCUUCAUCGGGGGCACCCUGGUGCUGCUCUCGGGCAUCCUGAUCAUCUGCCGCCGCUGCUGCGAGGCCGACCGCCGGCACUCCAGAGCCAGCGAUGACCCCGAGAAAACCAACACCACUUACCUGGAUGACUCGCAGCAGGCGCAGGAUAUCACUGGCAAAGCGGAGGACCCCGAGUGCCUGUCGUCCUCCAGCUACCGGGAUGCAGAGAGCGAGCGCUUCCUGUCCUCCAGCUCCUCCACUGCCCGGCGCGUCUCCUUCAACGAGGCCGCGCUCUUUGACCAGGGCAAGAAGACCCAGGAGAAGGGGAGGAGGUACACACUGACAGAGGGGGACUUCCACCACCUGAAGAACGCCCGCCUGACUCACCUGCACCUGCCGCCGCCUGCCCUCAAGAUUGUCACCAUCCACGAGUGCGAGUCCAGCGAGAACAGCCUGCCCAUGACCCCCCGCCUGCCCCCGCCCAAGCCCGGUCUCGCCAUCUUCCAGCCCCCUGCGGGGGCCCUGCCCCGGCCAGUGCUCCCCAGCCAUGCCGUGGGCCCCAGCUCUGCCCUGCCCGGGGACACCUACAACUCCACCGUGGACACCAGCUUCACAGAGGCCAGCCCGUCCGCCUCCUCCGACUCCGGGGAGGGGCCUUCGUUCACAGCAGCACCCAGGAGUGGGAAGGCGGCUGGGGCGGGCAGCGCCGGCCCCGGGGAGCCCCCCCCGACCCCCCCCCAGGGGACCGUCCUGCAGUUCUUCACCCGCCUGCGUCGCCACGCCAGCCUGGACGGGGCCAGCCCCUACUUCAGGAUCAAGAAGUGGAAGCUGGAGAGCACCCAGCGGGCGUCCAGCCUGGACACCAGAGGGUCCCCCAAGCGUCGGCAGUUUCAGAGGCAGCGGGCAGCCAGCGAGAGCAUGGACCAGGAGGACCGGGACCCCCAUCAGACCGACAUCAUCCAGUACAUUGCCCACACGGACGACGUGUCCUUCCACCCCGCGGGGGGCCCCUUCCUGCCCUCCCCCGCCAGCCCCCCACCCUCUCUCGGCAGGCUAGAGCCAGGCGAGGGGGGCGCGGGCAGCCCCGGCGAGCCCAGCGUGCCCGAGCAGCCCAGCGCCUACCACGACAUCUGGAGCCUGCGCGCCUCGCUGGAGCUGUACGCGGCCUCGGAGCGCAGCAACGACCAGGACUCGGUGCGCAGCGACGGCGGCGACAGCGUCUCCUCCACCAGCGGCGUGCCCCCCUGCCCUUCCCCUUCCCUGGAUGAGCCCGAAGGCCCCGAGGAGAAGUUCUGGGGUCGGCCCAAGGCGGAGGAGUCGGAGCCCGGCACUCGCAAGCUGCUGCAGAUGGACAGCGGCUACGCCUCCAUCGAGGCGCCCAGCCGGGGGGGCGAGGAGGGCCCCCCCAAGGACCAGACGGCCUCCGAGAAGCGCAUUUGCUUCACCAGCGCCGGGCGGAAAGGAACCAUCUUUGAGAGCUUUGAGGGCCGGGAGCCGGAGGAGGAGGAAGAUGAGGAAGAGGAGGAGGGGGGGAGCACGACCCUGGGCGCAGCGGGUGGGGGACACCUCCGUCCCCACAGCCCCCUGGCCUGGUCCCCGUAUGGGCAGAUGUUCCCGGGGCGGGAGGGGCUGCCCCGGCGGGACUACAGCAUCGACGAGAAGACGGACGCGCUGUUCAACGCCUUCGUGCGCCACGACCCCCAGUUCGACGAGUCCCCGCUGCGGGGCAAGCACCGCUCCCGCACCCACCUGCGCAAGCAGUGGCAGCACACGAAGCAGUUCAGCGACCCCGGCGUGCGGUACCCGGCGCUGGAGCGGCACCGGACGCCCCUGCGCCGCGGCGACAGUGCCAACUACCCGCUGGACUCCCGGUUCCACAGCCCCCUGCCCCGCAUCGUCAGCGCCGGCGACGAGGAGGCGGCAGAGGCGAACGAUGGGGUCCCCCCUGCCCCGGCGCUGCCGGACCCCGAGAUCCAGGUGAUCGUGGAGGAGCCCGGAGAGGCGGCCCCCGAGCCCAAGGCUGGCUCUGAGCCCCCCGAGGACGAUGACUGCCCCGGCCCCGGGAGGUGCUUGGGGCUGGGCUCCGGCUCGGAGCUGAUGGACAAGAUCGCCGGCGGCCUGGAGGAGCGGCUCUACGGGCACCUGAGGAAGGCGGCGGAGAGAGAGACCCCCGAGUGCACGGUGGCCGUGGCGGCCAGUGACGCCUCCCCCGACCACAGCACGGUCUAGGGCCGGCAGGAGGGGGAGAGACCCCGCACAGGGGGGCUCGGCCCCCAGCGGGGCUCAGGGCUUCAUCCCCUCCUGCUGCCGGCACGGGGUGCCCAGGGCGGGAAGGGGGUCCCGGCCCAGGCCAGGAGGGCACGGGGGGACCCCUGGCUGUAACCUCAGCCACGGGGGUCCCGUAGCGUGGGGUGGCCGAGCCCCCCGGCUCCCGGGAGCGAGGGCCUGGGCUGGGGGAGCCCCGGGGGUCGGGGCUCGGUGGAGAAGCCGAGCGAUGGCCGGGGGUCAGCGCUGAGGGACUUGGUGAAGCCCUCACCCCGCUGAGCCCCCGCAGCACCUUCGCCCUCCCCUCUCUCCGAGGUUUUACAAGCAAUAAGCCUCUCCUCCGGCCGGGAAUGCGCCCAGGAAGGGGCCGGAGCUGGGUGUCCCCGCUCGGGGGACGCUGUGGUGCCACCCUGGCCAGGGUUUGGGGAGGGGCAGUCACCUCCUCAAUCCCAAACCCACCGAGGUCUGCAGGGAGCCUGGGAUCUGAACUGGAAGCAGGGGGCUUGGGCCAGGGGGAUUCUAGAGGGGCUCAAGCUCCUCCUGGGGAGCCCCAGAAUGGCAGCCCAAGGGCUGUGGGGGGAAGGAUCGGCCCCGGGGACCCCAAAAAUGCCCCCCGGAGGGGUGAGGGUGCCCGGUGCCUGCCCCUGGUGCUGCCCCCCUGCCCAGGGUACGGGGUGAGACCAGAGCAGGGCAUCCCCAGCAGGUGCUGUGGGGGACCCCCAGUGCCCCCCAGGAGCUCAGGGGGGGCUCAAGGAUAUUUAUUUUUACAGAGGCGGCUGCUGCUCCGGUGGGGGGGGAGGGCUGAGGGAGGUGUUCACUUUUUAUUGGGUUUUUAUUUGAGUUUCAAAGAACGGGUGAAAAAAAGAGAAAAAAAGAAACUGCCCCAGCCCAGCCCUGGCUGUGGCACCUGGGACUCGGCAGCGGGGGGGGGACAGGCAGGGCCCCCCCACACCCCCAUUGCAUGCGAGUAGAGGCCGGGUUGCCCCUUCCCUCUGUGCAGGCUCUGCCCAAAGCUCCCCCUCCAUCACCUCUGCGUUUUUAAGUCUAUAAACAAAGGAGAAAAACCAAAACCAACCGUGGCAUCUCUGAGCUCUUUUCUUACCUUCUGCAUCCCCUGGGAUGGUGCCUGCUGUGGGGUGGGGUGGUGGGGGCAGGGGGGCUCUGGGCCUGGCAUUGCCCCACAAUUGUGGGUUUGCCUGGGGGGCUGUGCCCUUCCAAAAGGAAAAGGAGGAGGAGGGGCUGGUCAUACCCCCGACCCCACCUGCUGCAGGAGGAAGGACAUGAAACCCACCUGCUGUUUUCACUUUAUUUUUCUUUAAAAAAAAAAAAAAAGAAAAAAAAAGGGGGAAGAAAAGCAAAAAAAAAAAAAGAAAAAAAAAAAGAAGAAAAAAAGCCAAGUGGCUGCCACCACCCUGAUCCCUUUGGAGCCCAGAUUCCUCCCAAGCUCUGAGCCCUUCCUGGGCCCUGUUCCCUUCCGAGCCCCUCCGAGCCCCCGUGCAGCAUGCAGGUGUAAUAGAGUUCUGUUUUGUUUUAAUACCUGGUUUUUUUGGGUUUUUUUUUCCUCAUCUGGUUUAUUUUAACACAUCACGAUGUGUAGGAAUCUCUAAAUAUACCGCAAAUAUAAACAAAACAAACAAACAAACAAACAAACAAAAAAUAAAA